CAUGUGGAUGAGGCUGCCCGCCGCUAGCAGAGGGAAGAGGGCUGAGCCUGGAGCCGCUGGGGAACUUGAAGAGAGCAGGGGGAGGAGGCGAAGGAGGAUUGAUAAAACAAGAGCGUCUGUCGAUGCGCGCAGCAAUUCGCACUCUCUCAGAGUCUUUGAAGCGACAGCGAAGAAAGGGGAGCGGGCUUUCCAUUCAUCUUGUUCACAGACAACUUCACUCUUUGAGCUGGUACGCGCGUUUUGUUCUGACUUACUCAGUUGCUGUCAGUGCUGAAAAAGACACGAUACGAGAGAAAAAGACGCAUCUCUUGAUUUACCAGGUCUGCUUUUGUGACACUUGUUUUACGGACUUAAACUUUGGCAGAAAACUCAGCCAUCAACCGCGGGGUGCGGGAUUUGGAGUCAGAACAGGGACACUUUCAAAUGCAAAAGUACAUGUACGAGAAAGCCAUGGCUCAAGAGACAAGGAACGGAGGAACCUCUACGUUAAACAACAACAAUGGUGUUGACAACAGCAAGAAGAAAAUGCUCAUAGCCCUCGACAUCUUCUGUCUGCUGCUGGCUAGCCUGCCUUUCCUGAUCAUUGAGACUAGCACCAUAACACCGUACCGGCGCGGCUUUUACUGUUCGGACGAGUCCAUCCGGUAUCCCCAAAAAAAGGGAGACACCAUAAGCGAUGCCGUGCUCUGUGCAGUUGGCAUUCUUAUUGCCAUCUUCUCUAUUGUGAUUGGAGAAUGUUACAGAAUUCACCAGCUUCAUGAAGGAACCAAGUCUUUUAUUGGUAAUCCAUAUGUGGCGGCCUUAUAUAAACAGAUGGGAGUGUUCAUAUUUGGUUGUGCCAUCAGCCAGUCGUUCACAGACAUCGCUAAAGUAUCUGUUGGCCGAAUGAGACCUCACUUUUUAGAUGUGUGUAAACCAGAUUUCUCAACCAUCGACUGCUCUUUGGGAUACAUCACCCAGUACACCUGCACCGGGAAGGAGAGUGAGGUGCAGGAGGCCAGGAAAUCAUUCUUCUCAGGACAUGCAUCCUUUUCGAUGUACACCAUGCUCUACCUGGCUUUCUACCUCCAGUCCCGGUUCACGUGGCGUGGUGCUCGUCUGCUCCGCCCCCUGCUCCAGUUCACCCUCCUGAUGAUGGCCUUCUACACCGGACUGUCUCGAGUGUCCGACCACAAACACCACCCCACUGACGUCCUGGCAGGCUUUGUGCAGGGAGCCCUCGUGGCCUACUGCAUAGUAUUUUAUGUCUCGGACUUGUUCAAGCAGCGUGCAAAGCCGGCCACUCCCCCUCCGUCGCCCAUCAAGAAAGAACUCCUGCCUUCAUCCGACAUCAUCGAGAGGAACAACCACCACAACAUGGUCUGAGCCCCCCGACCCCUCAGCAAGGAACCAAUAGGGGGCGGCGCUCACCUCACAUUGGACAGUAGAAUGUAGCGACGAGAGACUAUAGCUGCUUCUCAAUGGGCCGCGGUGUCGCAUUUGAGAUUUGCACAGCAGAGUCCACUCUCACUAUCAAGACUCCUUAUGUAACCAUUAUGUUAACUACUAAUCUACAUUUGAGCCCAUUGUUUUUGAGCACAAAAUAUGGAAGAAAGUGAAUGAAUUGUUGACCUGACAGGCAGAGAUGCGGGCGCGGAAGUGUGACCGAAGUUUUGACCACAUGAAGGCAAAUCACUUGAAGAAAAGACUAUAAAAUAUGAAGUGUCAAACCCGCUGCCUCAGGAGAGAAGGAUGCCCACUCUCCCUGUGAACUCUGUGGCCUUGAAACACCAUAGGACAACAACUUCCUUGAGCUAUGGAAGGAUAUACUGCAAUAUUAAGCAGCAUAGAAAUAUUAACAGUAUAGAAAUUGUAACUUAUAGCACUGUUUUGUUUUUUAAGUUCAUUGUCCAUCACCACUUGCUGCCCGAGAGGUCUCACUGCAACAGUUCUUGAUGAUGUCCAUGUAACAUCUAAUCAAAGCAAAAACUCUUCAACUUCAAAAGCUUAAUAUUUUUUUUGUAAAUGCUAUAAAAACACAAGCUAACAUAUCAGUGUUUUAACAUGAGCACUUCAAGAUGCUGUGGUGGACCUUCGGUGCAGCCUAAACUCGGGAUGUUGCAUUUCUUGAGGGUUAGUUAAAGGGGGGGGUAUAUUCUGUAGAAGAAUGCAGUCAGAUCAUUAAGCUGUUCAGUCCCAGUGCCUUCAAAGAAGGGGUGCGGCUGUGCCUUGUCCCUCCUGGUGCGGGACCCCUGUGUUCCUAUCCCUAAAUGGGACAGGGGCAUGUGCUUACAGUGAAGUGCUUGGAUCUGUCACCAUGGAAAGAGGCUGAUGCUUUGGAGCGUAAGCUGGCACAUUUUACUUUGGGAUGAAGUGGGUUCUUUCUGCUGGCAGGGAGGGGCCCUCACUCACCCGCCCAAUCACUCAUCGGCAAUGGACGUGUGUGUGUGUGUACAUAUGUGUACCUUGUGAAGUGAACCCCAGUGACAAACUAAGUGUCAAAUGAAACCUCUUCAGCGCUCUGUCCCAUGGUGUAUGAUGUAUGUGUGAAUUUGUUUGUGUCAUCGGUCUAAAAACUGUGGAUCUUUUGUUUCUUUUCUUUUGGGACGUCCCAUAUAAUCACUAACAUUUGUACAGUACCACACACACAAAAGCCCUGUUUGUUUACAUCAGAUAAACUCCAACACAAUCUGCCAUGUUGCACAUCUUCUCGUACAGUCCGUCCUAUCAUUUCAUCAUCACUUUUUAUAAAUAUAUAAAUAAUGUAUAGAUCACUAAACUUAACUCUGUAAAAUAUUGUUUUUAACAUGUUUAGAUAUAUCCACUAUUACAGACCUGUGUUCUUUACAAAAUGCUGCUUACAAAGCAUCGAUUGACAGAUUUUUGUAUUUAGAAAAAUAAACUAUUGUAGUUUGUAUUUUUAUUAUGCAUCAAAAUAAAUACACCCACAAAUGUAUUAAAAUUCAAUAUUAGUAUUUUUGUAUUGUUUGUCUUGUUUUUGUACAAAAGAAUAGUAGUUAUGCUGUUGUUCUGCUAAAUGUACUUAGCUCUAAUACAUGUGCUUUUAAAUAAAAAGCUCAAUGUGAUUCGA